AUGCGGCUUCGAGGGUCUAUCACGGGGGAGGAGAAAAAAAAAGAUGAGAAUGCCUCAAUGAGCGUCUUCCGAUGCAGAUUUAGGAAGAACCCAGGACCGAAGUACCAGUUUUUCGUCAUGCAGAAAAUGCACACGGAGCAAGCCCAGAUGAUCAGAAAAGUGUGCGCGUCGGACAUCGACUCUGCCGAGGUCCUGGUGAAUAUGGAGCGAGUCCAACAGGUGAACCAGGACAAAGAGAACCCUCCCGCGGAGAGGUGGGCGCGGUAG